AUGAUUCCAACGCCAGAUUUGUCCCACCUCACCACCAAGGACUUUGACAGGCUGUAUGAACCUGCAGAGGACACAUUUUUAUUGUUAGACGCCCUUGAAGAAGAUGCGACAUGGUUGCAAUCUAACAAUUCUCGACUUUGCUUAGAGAUUGGAUCUGGAUCUGGAUGCGUAACUGCAAUGUUGGCAAAGAUUAUUGGCAAACAGAAUGCAGUUUAUUUAACUACGGACAUCAACCCAUAUGCUUGCAAGGCUACUCAACAAACAGCAAAGCAUAAUGGUGUCAGCCUUGUAGAAACUCUCCAGACAUCUCUUGUUGGCUCUCUUUUGCCACGACUGACGCACUCUGUUGAUGUCUUGUUAUUCAAUCCACCUUAUGCUGUCACACCUCCAGAAGAAGUUGGUAGUAAUGGCAUUGAAGCAGCCUGGGCAGGCGGUAUUGAUGGUAGACAGGUGAUUGAUGCCUUACUUCCAUUUGUUGAGAAACUUCUGUCGCCAAACGGUGUGUUCUAUUUGCUUUUAAUCAACGAGAAUCAUCCCUUGGAAGUGGUUGAUAUCAUGAAGAGCUAUCACAUGCGUGCCGAGAUUGUAAUGGAACGAAGAGCAGGUAGAGAAAGACAAUAUAUCUUAAAGAUCCAACACGAACAGCAAUAGAAUAUUACCAAGAGAUAGAACUACCAGUACUAUUUUUAUAAAAUUCAUAAUUCAAAAUAAUAAAAAUAAUAAAAAUAAUAAAAAUAACUAUAACUAUAACUAUAACUAUAAUUAUAAUUAUAGCCAAAACUAUAGCUAUAGCUAUUACAGCUGCUUAUCUACAUCGUGCUAUUUUUCAUUGGCUGUAUGAGGUACUUGUGUGAGUGCGGGAAAAUGGACCAUGGUAUUGUAGACAUUUGAGCACCAGGUUUUAAUCGAUUGUCGCAGACCAAGCAAGAAUGGAGAAGAUCGACGGGCAACUCUCGGAGAUGGAGUACGAUACCACAACCAUAAGUGAGAUCCAAGACUCCAUGUGAGCCCACUCAUAAAAGGUACAAUAAGCUGAUCCUUGAUAACAGCAGACAGGAAUAUACGUGUGUAAGACGCACCCUCUGCCUCCAUUUUUGCAAUAUUCUGGUUAAACUGCUGCUCGAACCGCAUCUCAGGAAUCGCGGGUCGUGAUACUGUGCGUGCAUCUCCAAAGUCACUGUCAAGGUCAUCAACAACCAUUCCGUCAAUAUCCGAAUUGUAGCUGUAGAACUUUUGUUGUUCAAGGCGCUGCAACUCCAUCAAACGCGCGAUUUCUCUUUCUGAAUCUGUUGAAAGUCGUCUGGAAUCUAUUUCAUUGUCUUCAACCUGGAAUUCUGUAUUCUCUUUUUCUGCAAUGUUUUCG